UCUGCGGAGAAAAAUAACGUUGUCAAUUUUAUUGUCGUUUCGAAGCUCUCCGACUCUGCGGAAUAUACUUUGACCCAAAGAGGGCCAUCUUUCACGCUAACGUCAUACAGGCUGGUAACAACAGCUGCUUGAAGUUUUGUAAUAGUGUUCUUCUGUUAUGUCAGUUCAGCCCUGAGGCCGAUGUUCAUCUGUCGCCCGGUUUUAUGAAAAACCAAAAAUGUUUUCCGUUCCUCCUAAUUUUUACGCCAAUUGUGGCGGCGUAAUAGUCAAAUUAUCGAAGUUGAAUUGCGCAAGAACCUUUUUCUUAACUGUCAGAAAUAAUGUCGAUGAUUAUUGUCCAAAUUUGAUGAGAGGCAUUGAUUAUCUAAAAAAUCCACAGUUUAAUAAGGGUUUAGCGUUUACUAUGCAAGAACGGCAAGCACUCGGCAUACAAGGCCUCUUAGCUGCGAAUUACAAAACGCUAGAGGAACAAUUAGCUAUUUGUCAAUUUUCAGUUGACAGAUACAAGGAUCCUUUGAAUAAAUAUCUGUAUUUAACGGAAUUACAGGACAAUAAUGAGAGAUUGUUCUAUGAAUUACUGGCUACGGAUGUCCAAAAGUUUUUGCCGAUAGUAUACACGCCAAUUGUGGGAUUGGCGUGCCAGAGGUUCGGACUUGUAUAUAGAAGACCUCGAGGUCUCUUCAUAACCAUACAAGACAAAGGACGCGUUGCCUCGGUCUUAAGAAAUUGGCCAACAACUAAUGUUCGCGCCAUCGUUGUAACCGAUGGUGAAAGAAUUCUUGGUCUUGGUGACCUGGGUGCUUACGGCAUGGGGAUACCAGUAGGAAAGCUCACGCUUUACACGGCUUUAGCUGGUGUUCCACCUGCAUACUGUUUACCAAUCACUUUGGACGUAGGAACAAAUACUCAGAAUCUGCUAGAAGACCCAAUGUAUAUCGGAUUACGGCGAAAACGUGUGAGAGGAGAAGAAUACGAUAGUUUAAUCGAGGAAUUUAUGCAAGCGUGUGUUAAAAGAUACGGCCAAGAUGUGCUCAUCCAAUUUGAAGAUUUUGCCUUAGCUAACGCUACUCGCCUACUAGCUAAAUACCAGAAACAUUAUUGUACAUUCAACGACGAUAUCCAAGGCACGGCGUCCGUGAUUGUAGCUGGUAUAAUAGCUGCUACUAGAAUCACUAAACGGAAAAUCUCUGAUAAUGUAUAUUUGUUCCUUGGAGCUGGUUCCGCUGGCGUCGGUAUAGCAAAUCUUAUAGUAGAUGCCAUGGCAGAAGAGGGGACUCAAACAGCAGAAGCUCGAAAGAAGAUAUAUUUGUUCGAUGUCGAUGGCUUUCUUUCAACAAAAAGAAAAGAAGCAAUCCCUGUUCAUGCCACGCAUUUGGCUAAAGAUAUGGAACCCACGAAAAACUUCGAAAAGUUUGUAGGUCAAGUAAAAGCCACGUGCCUUGUUGGUGUAUCGACGGUCGGUGGAACGUUUACUCCUACUAUUCUUAAACAAAUGGCCAAAAACAUUGACCGACCAAUGAUCUUUGCUUUGUCGAAUCCGACAAUCAAGUCGGAGUGCACUGCACAAGCGGCUUAUGAUAAUACGGAAGGUCGCUGCAUAUACGCCUCUGGUUCACCAUUCCCUCCAGUGAAUUAUAACGGCAAGAAGUAUCUCACUGGCCAGGGUAACAACUCGUACGUAUACCCGGGUAUCGCACUAGGAGUACUUGCCAGCCGUGCACAUCAUGCCCCCGAUCCGUUGUUCCUUACGGCUGCUAAGGUAUUGGCUUCGAAUGUUACUGACGAUGAUUUAAAACUUGGGCGCAUUUACCCUUCCCUGGGUGACAUCAAGUGUUUAUCCAUCAAAAUAGCUGCGGGAGUAAUGGAAAAUAUCUAUAAAUUAAACCUUGCAUCCCUGUACCCUAAACCCAAAGAUUCAUAUCAGUUUGUUUUAGAUUAUAUUUAUGACUCUUCCUAUAAAUGUUAUACUCCACAAUUCCACGAGUAUCCUGCUGACACCGGAAUUAAAGUAAAAACUAUCAAGGAAAUGAUUGACAUGUAUAAAGCAAAAAACAAGAAGAAAUGAACGAAAAUUUGGGUUAUAUUUUGAAUGAAAAAUUUUAGUGUUGCUAGCCUUGAAUUAUUCGAUUGACUUUAUAAUUGUGGCUUCUGAACAACCUGCCGGAGUUUUAGUGUUGGAUUUGAAAAUAGGUUUAACUAUAUUAAGUUCAACAAACACGUCUAAGUUGUUUUUAACAUAAUAAGGCGAAAGGAUUUACUAAAGCAAGGGCUUGAGAGGAACGGCGGAAACCAUACAUUUUAAUCGAACAGGCUAUGGGCCAGGGUGUUUUAUAACUUACUAUUUUUGUUUAUUUUAUUUAUUGUCGAUUUGUCUGUAACCAAAAAGUAUU